UUCGUGUUCCUCUUCCUCUACACAAAACCACCUCGAUCGAUCUCUUCCGGAAGCAGCACACAAACACAACUAAUGGCAUCCUCUGCACACGCCUUGCUGCUAACAUUGCUCAUUGCCACCGCCGUCCUCUCUACAGCACCUGCGCUCUGCUACGUCAGUCCGGGCUCAAACCUCCACCAUGACAAGCAUUCUGCACCAGGGUAUCGGACCCAUAUCGUGCUCGUCCGGCCACCGUCGGAUGCAGAAGCCGCCGACGAAUCCGCCCACAGGCUGUGGCACGAGUCCUUCCUGCCCAGCUCCCUGACCGACUCCGUCGAGCCGCGCCUCGUCCACUCCUACACUGAAGCGUUCAGCGGCUUCGCGGCAAGGCUGACGGACGCCGAGCUCGACGCGGUGACCAAGAAGCCGGGGUUCGUGCGCGCGUUCCCGGACCGCACGCUGCAGCCCAUGACCACGCACACGCCGGAGUUCCUCGGCCUGCGGCAGGGCUCCGGGUUUUGGAGAGACGUUGCCGGGUACGGGAAGGGCGUCAUCGUCGGGCUGCUCGACGUCGGCAUCUACGGAGCGCACCCAUCUUUCUCUGACCACGGCGUCGCGCCGCCCCCGGCGAAGUGGAAGGGCUCGUGCGCGGGCUCUGCCUCCCGGUGCAACAACAAGCUCGUCGGCGUCAGGUCCCUUGUCGGGGACGACGCCAGGGACGACUUUGGGCACGGGACGCACACCUCGUCCACGGCCGCGGGGAACUUCGUGGCCGGUGCCUCGAGAAAUGGCUUGGCCGCCGGCACCGCCGCCGGGAUCGCUCCCGGCGCGCACGUCGCCAUGUACAAGGUGUGCACUGGCGCCGGGUGCACCGACUCGGCCGUGCUGGCCGGAAUGGACGCCGCGAUCAGGGAUGGGGUGGACGUGAUCUCCAUCUCCAUUGGUGGCAACGCGACGCUCCCGUUCGAUCAUGACCCCGUCGCCAUCGGCGCCUUCAGCGCGGUGGCCAAGGGCAUCACGGUGGUGUGCGCGGCCGGCAAUAACGGCCCCAAGCUAGCGUCCGUCGUCAACGACGCUCCGUGGCUGGUCACUGUCGCUGCCAGCUCGGUUGACAGGAGCUUCGUGGCGGAGGUGGAGCUGGGCAACGGCGUCACCGUCGCCGGCGAGGCGAUUAACCAGGUGACCAACGCGAGCGUGAAGCCUUCGUGUCAUCCUAUUCCUAUCCUUUACUCCGAGGAGCGGCGCAACUGCACCUACCAUGGCGAGGACGAACACAGAGUGGCCGGCAAGAUCGUGGUCUGCGAGGCCGUCGACAACCUUCUCCCCUACAACACGUCCGAGAAGUCCAUCCUCCGUGACAUCAAGGACGCUGGCGCGGCCGGCGUUGUGGUGAUCAACACCAAGGCCGACGGCUACACCACCGUCCUCUACGACUACGGCUCCGACGUGGUCCAGGUGACCGCCGCCGCCGGGGCCAAAAUCACCAAGUACGUGACGUCGUCGUCGAGCGCCGCGUCCGCGGUCAGGUUCAGCCACAGGACGUUGCUCGGCGUCCGUCCAUCUCCCACCGUGGCCUCGUUCUCGUCCCGUGGCCCGAGCACCGUCACCCCCGGCGUGCUCAAGCCGGACGUCCUUGCUCCGGGGCUCAACAUCCUCGCAGCGUACCCGCCAAAGACCCCGCUCGGCACCGGUCCUUUCGACGUCAUGUCUGGCACGUCCAUGUCGACGCCGCACGUAAGCGGCGUCGCCGCGCUCAUCAAGAGCGUCCACCCCAACUGGUCGCCGGCGGCCAUCAAGUCGGCAAUGAUGACGACGUCCGACAACGUCGACAGGAGCGGCGGCCCGGUCUUGGACGAGCAGCGCAGGAAGGCCAACGCGUACGCCACCGGCGCCGGCCAUGUGAACCCCGCGAGGGCCACCGACCCCGGCCUGGUGUACGACCUCGGCGCCGCGGAGUACGCCAGCUACAUCUGCGCGCUCCUGGGCGACGCCGCGCUGGCCGUCGUCGCUCGCAACUCGAGCCUGAGCUGCGCGGAGCUGCCCAAGACGCCCGAGGCGGAGCUGAACUACCCGACGAUCAAGGUGCCGCUGCAGGAGGCGCCGUUCACGGUGAACCGGACGGUGACGAACGUGGGGCCGGCGGCGUCGACGUACACGGCGAAGGUGGACGCGCCCAUGUCCCUGGCGGUGCGCGUCUCGCCCGGGACGCUGGUGUUCACCAAGGCCGGGGAGAAGAAGACGUUCAGCGUGACGGUGAGCGGCCACGGCGAUGGCGUGUUGGAAGGCAGCUUGAGCUGGGUGUCUGGACGUCAUGUCGUGCGAAGCACGAUCGUGGCGGCCGGCCGCAGUCGUUGAGACGGUGAAAAAAAAUUGUACACCCCGAUACAAAAACCCUCUUUUACAUCACUUGAAAACAGAUCAAAAUUUACAACUUAAACCUUUAAUAAUUUGUUUUUCUUCUAUUUAUAUGGACCACCAUGUAAUGGAUGUGAGAGACUGUAAAAGAGUUUUUUUAUGCUC